GCGAUGGACCUUAUCCUCCUCCCCUUCCACCCCUAUGUCAUAAACUUGACAACGCUUAGCUCCUUCCCAACUACCGUACCGGUAGCUAGCUAGUGAAUUGUCUAUCUUCUCCACCAUCACCAAUCACCAUCGAGGAUCACACCAUGAUGUUUCAGCCAGAGCAGAACGCAUCAUCCUGCCGAUGGUGUCUUUCGGCUGCCUCCAAGGUCUCCCUCCUCUUCUUCCUGGUGCUGUUGGUUUCUUGGGAGAACGUCAUGAUCUCUCACCGAUUGGUUCGCAUGGCCAGUCAAAGCGACCAUGUGGCAGUCCAAGCAGAACAAGGACAAAGCAAGGUGCUACGACGACUGUCGGCCAAAAAGGAACACAAACAAGAUCCUGAUGAUGCACCAACGGAGGAUCCAUAUUCCAAUCCAACCGUGACGACAAGUCCCUUUAUGACAUUUGUGAUUCCAUCCAGCUUGACUCGAGACACACUGGCUCGUACCCUCCAAAGCUUGCAGAAUCAAACCAAUGGGGACUGGGAAGCCGUCGUGGGAGUUGACAUGAUCGUAUUGAACAAGAAUGCAAAGACUGACAAUAUGGGCAGUUCUUUUCGUCCACAAGAUUGGGACCAAUUUGUUCGGGAUAGAUUCUUGAAUUCCCUGCACUACACGACCAACACCACCGAUGCCAUCCUCCGGGAUCCUCGCAUUCGAUUCGUCCCCAUUCGCACGUCCUCCAAGGAUCGUGGGAAGAAGCAGAAUGGAGCCGGACAAGUGCGCAAUCUCAUGAUUCGACAACAUGUCAGCUUGGGAUCCCAAUGGGUCGCCUUUGUCGAUGACGAUGACACCCUGACACCCAACUACGUACAAGAGUUGAAACAGCAAUCGUCGUCGUCUCAAGCAGAACCCAUGGAUGUGCUCGUAUUUCGCAUGGUCAUCCUGGACAAUAGCACUGCCAUACAUUCCAAGAAAAAAAGAAUCAUCCCCAAACCACACCAACACGUACUGAUGAAGAAUGAUGUUGGCAUUAGCUUUGCCCUACGACGCAGUCUUUUCUUGACGUCACUGCAACAGCAAGAAUUGAACGUGGCGCAUGGCAACCAUUCCUCAUUGGCCUUUCAAGCAGAUUCAGCCGAGGAUUUUAUGUUGCUGCAAUCGGCAUGGGAUGCGGGAUAUAACAUUCAUGUCUCGAGUUGCAUUGGGUAUUGCGUCAAGGGAGCACCGGGACAACUCCAACAUGCCACCAAAUUCACUCGAGAAUACUAUCAAUCCUUCUUGCAAAACUGCAGCGCCUCCAAGGCCGUUGUGUCGGAGGAACUGUUUGUCCCGGAAGCUCUUCCAUCAUCAGUUGUCGUGGUCGACUAUGCGUCGGGUUCCACCAAUAGAGCAAGAAGAAGGGCCACCACGGUCGUGACUGUUGCCAAAAAGAAGUGAUUGGCUUGGUCUUUAGGUGGCUGUGACUGACUAUAGUACUUGGUCCUCUGCCUAGCUACCGGGAGUCGCUGAUACGCGCAGCAGAUGAGCUCUUUUAAAAUACAGAUACAUAUAUGCAAAACUUACACAGAAUAAGCCAUAGCAGCAGCAAACAUACACGUUGA